UUUUGUCGUAGUUAGCUCCCGGUAGACGAUGAAAGAUGAAUGAAGUUAUCAGCUAGCAUUUAGCUAACGUUUGAGCAUCGCAGCUUAUUUAAAGGAGGGCCAAGAAAGAAAAGUAUAUUAAAGAUACUCCUGGAGUUGCUUUGACAGUUCUGGUUAUUCAUGCUUUGCUCUAAAACUGAACAGGAAAGCUAUUGGUACGGGCUAGCUUGCUAAUAACAAACGCUAGCAUGCCAGAGAAUCUGUCACCUGGUUUAGGUGGAGGAUUGAAACAGUCAUCUGAAUCGCCUGAAAACACAACAACCUAUGAAGGGUAAUAUUACAGUGACAUCAUGUACCCAAAUAACCCAGUAAGAUCUAGCUGCCACAGUAGCAGCAUCACAGAGCUUCUGGGUGCCCUGUGUGACUGUAGCCUGUCAGGAGUGUCAUGGAAACGCCGUGCCCUUGGAGGAGUCUCCAGAGAAGGUUUCCGCAGAGCUCUCAAAAAGCGUGCCUAUGGUGCACUGCUGUCAAAGAUAUUUCAAGAUGGCACCAAAGGAUCUGCCUCUGCAACAAGUGCAGUUGCUAAUACACCACCCAGAAACAAAAUCUUGAUGAUAUGUUUUGACUUACGGGUGGCAGGAUGCAGAGAGGAAGCAGAGACGUUAGAAGAGCAGCUUGGGAGGUUGCCAGAGGGAGCAUCCUCUGGUUUGAAAGAAGUAGAUUCUGUACUUGAGCUGCUGGUGCACCUAGCUGGUUCAGCACCUCCACCCCCUACCUCCUUCAGCAGAGACUACAUGAGAAGAGAAAGGCCUGUUGUGCGAAAACCUCAACCCUGGGGCUAUCAGAGCGAGGAGUUGCAGAGGCUUGAGGCCCGGGCCUGGGGACUAGUGUGUGGGGAGGAAUGGGGAACUUUGGAGAGCCUGUGUGGGACUCAGAGGAUGAUGGAUGCCCCUCCUGGCACUGGGCUGAUCGCUCUAAGGACUAAAUUAGAAGCAGAAGAAAGAUUUGAGAGGGAGACCAGGCUGUCUCUAUUUGGGGCUCUUCAGCAUACUCGCACCUCAGAGAUAGACAUAAGACUGGACCUGCCUCCUGUUCCCAGUAAUAUUGAUGUAACUGGCCUGGCUAUUAGGGUUCCACCAUGUUUAGAUCAGUCUGAGGAUGAGGGCUUCCAGUCGUCAUCCAACCUGACCCCAGACUCUCAGUCAGAGCCCAGCCCCACUCCAGAGGUUGAUUUAUGGGAGGCCCUCCGGACAUUUGAGCCAGGAAGACGCCGCUGCUGGGAGUCUGUUGGCUGCCCACCAGGGAAAAGGGAAUCUCUGUAUUUAACAGAGGGAGGCAGAGAGGCCUUCGACCAGCUCUACCGUCUGUGGGAGGGGGAGAUGAGGGUGGUCUGCACCACUACACCCUCUCCUCUUCUCCCACUGCCCCUUGACUCUCAGACACAACUUGUAACUGACCUCCUCAAUGUCCUGAUUGGAGUGGCAUCCACUACCUUCCCUCUCAACCAAAGUGUUCAAUUUGAUGUCAGACCUGGUGUGUGCGUGUCAGGAGCAUCUCCAGAGAGCGUGUCUCGUCUCCUUGGGGAACUGGCCCAGUACGGCACCUACUACCUGAGGCUUAGUCGCUUUUCUCUACAGAGUGCUGACAAGAAGGGUCUAGUGUUUCAGGCUUUUACCGGUGGACUGAGGAAGUACCUGCAUUAUUACAGAGCAUGUGUUCUCAGUACUCCACCUACCCUCAGUCUACUGACCAUCGGUUUCCUUUUUCGCAAAGUAGGCCACCAACUCAGAUACCUGUCGGAGCUCUGCUGUGUGGAUGGGCCUUUGGGUGCUGGCCAAGCCACCUUCCCUGUGGGUGUUAAACUGCUGUCCUACCUGUACAAUGAAGCACAGAAUAACUGCAGUAACGAGAACUAUCCUGUCCUGCUGUCUCUGCUGAAGAGAAGCUGUGAACCUUAUACAAGGUUUGUGUCUGACUGGGUGUAUAGCGGUGUGUUUCGAGAUGUUUAUGGGGAGUUCAUGAUCCAGGUCAAUGAGGAGUAUCUCAGUUUCAGAGAUAAACACUUCUGGGUUCAGGGCUACACGCUAAUCUCAAAGGAUGUGGAGGACUGCGUGCCCAUCUUUCUCAGACACAUUGCCAAUGAUGUGUAUGUCUGUGGAAAAACCAUCAACUUGCUCAAGAUCUGCUGCCCACAGCACUACAUCUGCUGGUCAGAGUUGCCAGUGCCUCGCAUAGCUGUCACCUUCUCCCUCCAGGAGGUGGAGGAAAUUGAGAAGGACUGUGCAGUGUACCGCGGACGGAUGGAGAGGAUUGCAAAACACAGUGCCGUCAGCAGGGAGGAACAAGCGUUGCGAACAGAGCAGGCGCGCCAGGAGCUGAUCAAUCAGGUCAGAGAGUCAGCAGCCAAGACUCUGGAGAGCAUCCGCGGGCGCCAGGUGUCGCAACGUCUGGCUGAGGAGGCUAAGAAGAGAGAGCGUUUUGAGGAACUGAAACAACACCUGGAGCAGGCGCAAGAGUGGCAAAGUGCAGCCAAGAGGAAGCAGGAGGAAGAUGAUUUCAGCUUUGCCAGAGAACUGAGGGACAGAGAGAAAAGACUACAAGCUCUGGAAGAGCAACUGGAGCAGAGAGCCAGGAAGGAGCUGAUUGCGCAGUACAGCCGUCUAUCAGAGGAGGCUGCUCGCAGAGAGAGACGGGCUAUGUGGAGGGUUCAACGAAUGAGACUUGAUGAAAUUCGUGAACAGUUCUUCAUGAAAGACAGGCAGCAGAUUCAGGAAAUCCUGCAGAAAUAUCCCUUAGGCCUGGAUAGACCUCCCAUGGAUCUGUUGCCUCCUUUUACUUCUCAACAAACUACACCACAACCAACACUGGAAUCUCCCACUCAGGAGCCAUCUGAACAACAGCCAGAAAAGACUGAACAAUGUGAUGCUCUGUCACAAACACAUGACGCAUCAUCACCUACUCACAUUUCCCAAACUGUAGACUCUCCCCUUAUCUCUGAAUAUAUCGAUGUCAAUGACUUUCUCCCCAAAUCACCAAAUCCUGACAGCCAGCAGGUGGACGUGGCCCUACACGAAAUUGGCUCUGAUUUACCUGAAGUAGUUCCUACAGUCCAGCCGGUUGAUUAUGACUUCAGUGCCCCCUUUAGUCCACUUGAGGGUAUCACUGGACAGGCCUCAGUCCAGCCAAGGCCUCGCUGGGGAGCUGCAGUUCAACCUGAGUUGAACAAAAACCACCCAUCUUUCUCACACAUUCCCAUAGGAGAGAAUGUGUUUGACAUCCACGAGAGUCUUCCCAAAUCCAGUCCCUUUGGUCAAGUGUCCAAAUCCAGCUUUCUCCCAGGCCAGUACACCUUAGAGGAAACCCAGAUUAUACCAAAAGCAAGUGUUUAUGGACAUCCAUCACAAGCCACAGUGCAGCUAGUAGAUGGGAGUGUAGCAAUGACAGAUCCAAAGCAAGAAGAAGUUGUUUGUGCACCUGAAAAAACGAUACCUAUAAAUGAAAUGGGAGUGUUGCCUGUUGAAGGUGAGGCAAAUAAAGAUGAAAACAAACCUGUGGAAACGACAAAAGAUGUUGUCGUUUCCACCACAACAGAAGAAGGCAACGACGCUAAUGGUGAACACGAAGUAACGACAAAGCCCUUUGAAUCUACUGGGAUUACAAAUGAGACAAACCCUGAUGACCACAGCACAGAUGCUCAUCAUAAAGCUGGUCCUCUCCCUUUGCUAGUUUCAGAUGUCACCGUCCCACAGUCUUCUCCAAGUGUCCGUGGACAUUCCUCUGAUACUCAUAUUAACAUCGGACAGAAUGUUUCCGAGGUCACUGGUCCUUUGCCGACCCCUAACAUGCACGGCCAUGCCUCAGACUCGCACAUUAAGAUUGGAGAGCAUGUUUCAGAGAUUAAUGCUCCUCGGCCUUCUACUAAUGUCCAUGGCCACACUUCUAAUGCUCACAUCAAAGUUGGUGAAAAUGUGUCAGAUGUUGCCGCUCCACUUCCUGUAGCAAACACCCAUGGUCAUGCGUCAGAUGCUCACAUCAAAGUUGGGGAGCAUGUUUCAGAUGUGGACGCCCCUCUACCCUCCCCUAGCGUACAUGGUCAUGUGUCAGAAGCCCAUAUUAAAUUGGGAGAAAAUGUGUCCAAUAUUGUCUCAACACUUCCUGCCGCCAGUGUCCACGGCCACUCCUCCGAUGCCAAUAUUAAAGUGGGGGAAUUUGUGUCUAACACACCUGAUGUAAGGCCCCGCUGGAGUAAGCAUGGGCAUGCCUCAGACUGCACCCUACAGCCAGGCUGCGUAGUAUCUGGAACCGAACCUGCCUUGUUGCCUUUACCUGGAAGCUCCUACGGUCACUCGUCAGACUCAACAUUAGGUAUUGGAUGUGUAGUAUCAACAGAGGAACCCAAGCGCGCUCCUCUGCCUGGCAGUGCUCAUGGCCAUUCUUCAGACUCGAACUUAGGCCUCGGUUGUGUGGUAUCUAAAGCUGAACCACUACCAUCACCGCUACCAGGCAGUUCCUACGGUCACUCCUCUGAUUCGACACUCGGAGUUGGUUGUGUGGUGUUGGGGAAGGAGCCUCAACUCUCUGUAAUACCAGGCAGUGCUUAUGGCCACUCAUCAGAUUCUUCCUUGGGAACUGGAUGCUUGGUGAAAGGCAAAGGGAGUGGAUAUCAUCAAAAAACAGCAGAGAAUGAAGAUAGUGAAGUUUGUAAGUCCGUGAGCCCUGGUGAGCAGCUGUUAGAGGGCAUGGGGUCCUGGGCAGCCGGCUUUGGCUUGUCCCCCGGAGAAAAGUCUGAGCAGGAAUACCUCUCGGCUUUGUCUGCCCAGUACCAGGUGGAACACUACGAAGACUGCUACAACAUAAUGGCUUCAUCCCCAGAGAGUCAGCUACUGAAGCAUGUAACCCGGGGCCCCUGGGGACUUCCCAUAGACCCCACCCUCCACCGGGCGACAGACACCACUACCGUCCAGCUUAGCGAGAUGGUUUCCCUGCCGGUCCUGAUAAAACACUCCGUCACUACCCCGCUCAUCACACAUGUUUCACUGGUGAACAAAGCAGUCGUGGACUACUUCUUUGUGGAAUUAGGGGUGGAGAGACACUUUGAGGCGCUGCGCCAUUUCUUGCUGAUGGAGGAUGGAGAGUUUGCACAGUCCCUCAGUGAUCUACUCUUUGAAAAGCUGGGCAGUGGACAGACUCCAGGUGAGCUGCUCACCCCACUGGUCCUCAACUCCAUUCUCAGUAAGGCCCUGCAGUACAGCUUACACGGAGACACUCCUCUGGCAAGCAACUUCACCUUUGCCCUUCGAUUUCUCCCGGAGACCUUCCACCCACACGCACCCGAUUCCCUCAACUGUCUAGAGCUUCGCUACAAGGUGGAGUGGCCGCUGAACAUCAUCAUCACGGACAGCUGCAUGAACAAAUACAACCGUCUGUUCUCAUUUCUGCUGCAGCUCAAACACAUGGUGUGGAGCCUACGUGAUGUCUGGUUUCACCUCAAGAGAACGGCGCUGGUGAAAGGUGCAGGUCGCUCUGUUCAGUUCCGUCAGCUGCAAUUGUACCGACACGAGAUGCAGCACUUUGUCAAAGUGAUACAGGGAUACAUCGCCAACCAGAUUUUACAAGUGUCCUGGAGCGAGUUUACUGCCAAAUUGGCUGCUGCAAAUGACCUAGAUGCCAUCCACCGCACACAUGCAGACUACCUCAACAGAGCCAUCUUCAGGGGGCUGCUCACAGAGAAGGCAGCGCCGGUUAUGAACAUCAUCCACAGUAUCUUCAGUUUGAUCCUCAAAUUCAGAGCUCAGCUGAUUGCACAGCCUUGGGAUAACCAGCAGGGGGAGGCAGUGCAUCCUAGCUUCAUUGCCAUGCAGCAGUCCUACAACACCUUCAAGUAUUACUCUCACUUUCUUUUCAAAGUGGUAACCAAGUUGGUGAACAGAGGCUACCAGCCUCAUUUAGAGGACUUCCUCCUUCGCAUUAAUUUCAACAACUACUACAAAGACUCCUGAAGAACAUGAAGGGGCACAGGAGCUAAGUGUCACAAUUAUAUAUGCUAGAUGUGAUUGAAAAUGCCGAUCCAUUAUGCACAAAAAAUGUUUGUCUUUUGCUAUAUGUUUGUAAGGUAGAUAAUUGGAUCCUUUCUGCUCUUCAAGUGUGUAAAAUAUUGUAAACAGGCAUGGAUUUUGGCAUAGUAACUAAAUAAGGCGAUCGGCUCUCAUCGGUGUGCAGGAUCCAAACAUUUUGCUGUUUUAUAAACUAUAAACUGUCAAUGUCUGUGAAUGAAGUGGACGUAGUUACUGUAAUGUCCUGGUGUGCCUUGAGCUUUGUAGAAAAUAGCUUGUGGGCUGCAUAUAAAUUGUUAAUUAUAUGUAAAUACAAAAAGGAAAUGCUUUGUUUAAUAAAUCCUCUAUUCUUUAAUGUGUUCUUUUGUGAUGUAAAGAAAACACGGCUUUUACUUGAGUAAGAAAAAAUUACUUGCAUUUAUUAAAGAUUGCAUGUUGACAUUGGUUUUAGAAAACUAGGACAAAUUAAGUGCAAAGCCUUAUACGUAGUGGAUUCUGUCAACUUCAGCCAUUUACAAAAAGAAAGAGGGAGAAAAUGCAGUCCUUGCUAUAUUACUGACAUUUAUUUUCUACACCAUGAGUACCGAGACUUUUCCUGACGGUGCAUUAGUUACAAAGCAAAACUAUAACACGACUAUGCGACACAGCUGUAAUAUGCAUAAUGGUCUGCAGCAGGCCACAUAGGAGGACUUGGAUUCUUGACUAGAUGGAGAAGUUCCACCAACAGAGCCAUCAAUCAAAGAAAUGCCACAGGCUCCGGCUUGUGCAGGUCAAAUUGGAUUCUGUAGGCUGCACAGGUUUGGGAUGCUCUGGCAGAUUAAUAAAGGAUGUGCUUCUGGAACAGCACCUAUAGAAGGAUGGUACCUUUUGAUGGACAGACAUUUCUCUUAGGUUUCAGAUGACUUGUCAAUACGCAUUUACAUGAGCAAACAGAAAGACAAUUUGAACCAUUACAUUUCACUUCUUUUUAAAAACACACUGUACAGUGUUAUCCAACAUG